GACACGUCCGUCCCCCCUCCCCGGAGACGCGGCGGUGCCAGCGGCCGGGUGAAGCCCGGCGGGAUGACAGCGCCCGUCCCGGCCACCCCGGCUCGGCCCGUCGUCCCUUGUCAUCGCAGGAGCCUUUUACCUGGCCGUCAAGGACAUCAGUGGCGAAAGAGCCGAGCAAACAGCAAAGCGUCGCGCACCGGCUCGGGAGAAACGAUACCCUCCGGCUCCGGCCGCUGUGUGACCCUCAGCACGGCCCCCGUCGGCCUCCGCGUUUCGCGAGCGAGCGGCAUUUGCUUCGUUGCGUUCGCGCGUUGGAAACAUCCCGCCCGUGCCGAAACGUCUGGAGUCAGGGAGGCGAUAGCAGGCGGUCGCGCGAAGGUGCUUCCUUGCGGGGAGGAAAACGGUGAAGUUGUAGCUUGAGGCUGUGGAAACAGACGGUUUUCUUGUGGCGGGAUUCGAGAGCAAAGCGUCUUCGAGCGUAGUUUCAGCGCUGGUGUAGCAUCCGAGCAAAUCAUUUCUGUAACUUCGUAGACUGUUGUCUCUGCGUAAACCUUCAGGCCCAAAAGCCGUGCUGUCGCUGUCAAAGGGAGCUUUGCUUUGCUUCGCUCUGCACCCUGGAAGCAUCCAAGAUCGAAAGCGUUUUCCUGCGAUGCCACUUGCCGGAAAGUUUCCAAAGAUGUUUCCGAAGACGUUUUGGAUGGGUUGUUCUUAUUUCUUCCCCUGCAGGAGUCACUGGACGUCUGCAGGGCUGGGAGCUUGGCUCCUCUGCAAAUCCGACAGAGCUUUUGUCAAAAAAAGGUGACGUCGUCCGUGACGGCGUGGGAUUGCCCCAGAGGGAUUUCCAUCCCUUCCUGCCUGGGGUGAAGGGAGCCCUGAAUAUAUUUCUGAAGCAGUAGCCUGAGGUGACGGACAUGUUCUGGUUUUGCAUGCCAAGGAGCGGGAGCUAAAAUCUUCACCCUAAUUUUGACAGAUCCCCGUGCCUGGUAGCCCCGACUCUUCCGUUCUCCUUUUGCUACUCCCUGGCCUCAAAAAUGCCGCUGUUUAUGCAGCGAAGAGCCACAAAUGCCUGCUGGAGGGCCGCGAGGGAGCACUAGGACCCGUGGAAAAGAGGUGACAGGGACACUCGAGGGUUCUCACCGCUCUGCAGGGGCGGCUUGGGCGCGCUGCGAGGUCCUGGCACAGCCCGGUGACGCCUCGGCAGCCGCGUCUGGCCCGCUGCCUCCUGCAGCCGAGGACUCGGGUUACCCGCCGGCGGCCUCGGCGCCUCAGGGUGCCGCAGAUCCGCGCGGUCUGCGAUUUCUCUUCCAGGGACGUAUCCAUAUCCCUAAAAGCUAAAGAGAGGGACAGAGUCUCUCCUAACGCUGGCGGGGGUCAGGAGCGUCCGUGCUCUCCUCUCCCCGCUGUUGUCACUCCUUUAGCUCAUUUUCGCUGAGCUGCUCUCUGGCCCGUCACGGUUUCUGCUUUUUCAGAAAACUGCUUUCACCCUGCAGCGGAGCGUGAGCUCCCCUUCCAGUUUCGCUGCAGACCACAGGCUUCAGAGUCCUUCUCUGUUUCAUUCACCCUUCUGUACUGUGUCCAGGGACUUUUUUUAACAUGGAAACACUUGUUAAAAAGUCCUAGGCAUCGCAAGAGGCAGCUCGGUUUAGACUCCUUCUCAUUCGGUACUCGAUAACGAUCCUGAAACACGUUGCGUUAGGAUGCAGGGGUGCGAUAGCAACUAAUACUGAAACCGUAGUAACGCGAUAACAUACUUCAGUGGCACGCCUGUACCUCCAAGGCUUUGCAUCAGCUCUCCCAUCUUAACUGAAAAUACGGCAGAAUCAGGCAAUGAGUUACUGGAAACAAGGGCAGGCCGCUCUUCGCAGAGACUGACAGGAUUAGGGCUGAUUUGUUUCUUGGGCUGACACGAGAAGGGAGAUGACAGCCGGCAGAAAAUAAAUCACCUAUUUCUUUUUAUCUGUUCAGCGCGAGAGCGGCCAGGUGGCUGGUGACAGCAUUUAAAGACAUAUUUAAACCACUUUUUUUUUUUUUUUGGACUCCCUGUAGGGUUUUAUUUCUUUUUUUUAAUAGAAAUCAUUCGGAUGAGAAGUAGCAGAGCUGAUACAGUGAUAUCCAAGGAUAUUUAAGGAUAGAGCGAAGCAAGGUUUGUACAGGGAGGUUGAUGUCUUGAAGGGGCCCAGCUGUCGCUGGAAAAGCGAGGGAGCUUAUGGACUCAUGGUCCCUUUACUGGGUCAGUGAGUAAAAACAGCCUCACUGGUAACUACCAGGCGGUAAAAAAAUAACGUGAGAAGGAUUUGAGACCUGCUUAGAGGGACGAGCCUGUCGCUCAGGCAGAUGUGCAGGUAUCUCGGAGCAUCCUUUUGCUCCCUUGGCCUUCCCGCUUUGGCUCCUGUCCCCCCUGCCAAAUUGACACCCCCCGAAAGCAAACGCAGCCCCCUUAGAGACCGCUCGCUCGUGCGGCAAGCGAGCCGGGACCCGAACUGCUGUGUUUAUCCCUGUCAGCACGUGCCGUGAAGGUGGGUGUUCUGGUACCAAAGCUUUCCGUCACCGUGAUUGAGACGUUAAUAAAAGACCUGACAGCUCUGUCGGAAAGAGAGCGGGAGGGAAAACAGCGCUGAAGCGCUGCUGGCAGGGCGAGACUGGAAGGCGCCUGGUUCUGGGUGCUCGGCAUCCGACCUCGGAGCCCGGCGGCGGAGUUAACUCGCCUUUUAGGCCUGACAACGCUGCGAUGGGCGCUAUAAAAUGCUGAGGAGGACAGAAAAGCUGCAAGAAACUCGUUCCUGUGGCCACAGUUCUCGCCUGACGUUGGGAGAGUGAGUUUGCAUUUUGAGACAGAGCUUUUCAUCGAAUUUCUCCCAGGGUGGCUAUCCGAUUUUUUUUAACGCGGGGAAGGUGGAGGGCAAAUUCAGAGCCACGACCUUCUCCUUUGCAGGCUCCGUUUGCAGGAUAUCUCCGCUGCUCACAGCGCAGCAGAGGGGCGAGACGGGGCAUCGCUCCCGUCUUAUCUUUGCUUUUCAGCGCUGAGCACGGGGGGGAAGCUCAGACAGGCGUCCUCAGAUAUUGCUGCUGCAGCGCCGUUACCUGAAAUAACCGAUAAAAAUGGCUUACGCUAACGUGCGAUACUUUAGUCAGCAGUCGGGUGUACCGGCAGUUCCCUUUCGAUUGGGAAAAGAGCUCGAUCGCAGCACCGGAGCUGCAAACCUUUCCGAUCCGGCGGCCUGGGCGGGAAAGAUGUAGUUUUUCUGGAGGCGGAUUAUGGGGAAGUUGCAUUUCUCGGGAUUUUUCCUCGUGUGCUGCCUUUGCAAAGCUUGGGCGCUUUACCGAGUCCAUUCAGAGCAAUGAAAAUCAUAAUUCGGAUGCAAAGUGCCUUCUACAAAUCACCUAAACCAGCCUUUUAGUGCAGCAAACCGUCGUGGUGAGUUGAUGGUAAAGACAAGCAGCAUCUUUUGGAAGGUGUUUGGGUGCAAUUCCCAAACCGUCAGCUUUUUGUGCACGUGCAUAACUUCCUCUUGCAUCAGAAACCUCGGGAGAUCCCUGGAAAAAGCAGCGGUUUGGGAUCUGCCUCGCUUUAGCGGUUGGCAGAGAGAAAACCCAGGCGUUUGGGGAGUCAACCUUCGGCUGUGGAAACGUUGCCCAGGUAGAAAAAAGCGAUGGGCGAACAGCGCAAUGGAAAAUGCAGGGCUUUUCCCAGCCCGCCAGCUCCGUAGUCCAAGGCCGUCUGAGCCCGGUGAUGUCGCUGCUACUGGUGGAAAUUUCCAGCCUUCGCAAGGACAGCGCCAGACCGGCGGGGAUUGGCAGCGAAUUUUGGCUCUGUAGUAACAGAAGGCCGAAGUGCGCAGAGCUAAUUACUCGCAACCUCGAGACCAGAAACGAUCGCGUUUGCUGGGCGCCGGAGGAGUCACAAGGCGACGUUCAGGACCCGCUCGUUCAACCUUGCGCAAGAAAAAACGCCAUGGAUUUCCCCCAGCACAGCAAGCAAGUCCUGGAGCAGCUGAACCAGCAGCGGCAGCUGGGUUUGCUCUGCGACUGCACCUUCGUGGUGGACGGCAUCGACUUCAAGGCCCACAAAGCCGUGCUGGCGGCUUGCAGCGAGUACUUCAGGAUGCUCUUUGUCGACCAGAAAGAUGUGGUGCACCUCGAUAUCAGCAACGCGGCAGGCCUGGGCCAGGUCCUGGAGUUCAUGUACACAGCCAAGCUGAGCCUGAAUCCCGACAACGUGGAGGACGUGCUCGCCGUGGCCGGCUUCCUCCAGAUGCAGGAGAUAGUCAGCGCUUGCAACGCGCUCAAGUCGCUCGCGGCGCCGGCGGAAAGCGCCGCGCAGAGCCGGGAGGCCCCUGCGGAGAUCGGCGCCGAGAAAGCGGCCGUCGAAGACAAAACGGCGGCGGCAGAAGGACCGGGUGACUGUGACAAAGCAAAGCAAGUCCCUCCCGAGCAGCAGGGGAAGGAGGAGACGCUCGCGGCCACCACAGCGCAGCCCCGGGAGCAGACGGAGCAACCGGAGAGCAAAGAAAUGGCCGCAGAAGGUGCGGACGGUGCCGUCCGGGAGGGCCCGCCUGCCGAAUUUCCCAGCCACCGGCCGCCGGCGGAGAGCGGCAGCCCGGCGGCGAAGGGCAGCGUCCCGCAAGGCACGGAGACGGGAGAAAUGGAGUUGGAAGGGAAGGAGGAAGACGGGGAGACGACGGCGGAGGAAGAGGAGGAAGCUAAAAUCCCCGAGGAAGAGCAGCCCAGGUUAGAAAACGGCGAAAAUGCUGAGGAUAAUGAAUCGGGGAGCACGGACUCCGGGCAGGAGAAUUCGGGCGAAACCCGGCUGCUGCGUUCGGGUACUUACAGCGACCGGACCGAGUCGAAAGCCUACGGCUCCGUCACGCACAAGUGCGAGGACUGUGGGAAGGAAUUCACGCACACCGGGAACUUUAAGCGGCACAUCCGCAUUCACACCGGAGAGAAGCCCUUUUCCUGCAGGGAGUGUAACAAGGCCUUCUCUGACCCGGCUGCGUGCAAAGCCCACGAGAAGACGCACAGCCCGCUGAAGCCCUACGGCUGCGAGGAGUGCGGCAAGAGCUACCGCCUCAUCAGCCUGCUGAACCUCCACAAGAAGCGGCACACGGGGGAGGCCAAGUACCGCUGCGACGACUGCGGCAAGCUCUUCACCACCUCCGGCAACCUCAAGCGGCACCAGCUGGUGCACAGCGGCGAGAAGCCGUACCAGUGCGACUACUGCGGGCGCUCCUUCUCCGACCCCACCUCCAAAAUGCGGCACCUGGAGACCCACGACACCGACAAGGAGCACAAGUGCCCCCACUGCGACAAGAAGUUCAACCAGAUGGGCAACUUGAAGGCGCACUUGAAGAUUCACAUCGCGGACGGGCCCCUCAAGUGCCGGGAGUGCGGCAAGCAGUUCACCACUUCAGGCAACCUGAAGCGACACCUGCGGAUCCACAGCGGGGAGAAGCCCUACGUGUGCGUUCACUGCCAGCGGCAGUUCGCCGACCCCGGGGCGCUGCAGCGGCACGUCCGCAUCCACACGGGAGAGAAGCCGUGCCAGUGCCUGAUCUGCGGGAAGGCCUUCACCCAGGCGAGCUCCCUCAUCGCCCACGUGCGGCAGCACACGGGCGAGAAGCCGUACGUGUGCGAGCGCUGCGGUAAGAGGUUCGUGCAGUCGAGCCAGCUGGCCAACCACAUCCGCCACCACGACAACAUCCGGCCCCACAAGUGCACCGUCUGCAACAAGGCCUUCGUCAACGUGGGCGACCUCUCCAAGCACAUCAUCAUCCACACCGGGGAGAAGCCGUUCCUGUGCGACAAGUGCGGCCGCGGCUUCAACCGCGUGGACAACCUGCGCUCCCACGUGAAGACGGUGCACCAGGGCAAGGCGGGCAUCAAGAUCCUGGAGCCGGAGGAAGGCGACGAGGUCAACAUCGUCACGGUGGCCUCGGACGACAUGGUGACGCUGGCCACCGAGGCGCUGGCUGCUACCGCUGUCACGCAGCUCACGGUGGUGCCUGUGGCGGCCGCGGUGACGGCGGAUGAGACUGAAGCACUUAAAGCGGAGAUAACCAAGGCGGUGAAGCAGGUGCAAGAAGCAGACCCCAACACGCAGAUCCUCUACGCCUGCGACUCGUGCGGGGAGAAAUUCCUGGACGCCAACAGCCUGGCCCAGCACGUCCGCAUCCACACGGCCCAGGCCCUCGUCAUGUUCCAGGCCGACACGGACUUUUACCAGCAAUACGGCGCCGCCACGACCUGGCAAGCGGAGCAGGUGAUCCAGUCGGGAGAGCUGCUCUUCCGAGCCCGCGACGGUGCCGCCGAGGUGCCGGCGCCGCUGGCCGAGGCGCCGCCGGCCGAGGCGCCGGCCGAGUGACCCGCGGGUCCCCCCUCUUCCUCUGCGCCCUCCGCCGGCCGGGGAGCCGCCUGGCCCUCCCUCUGCUUUGCCACCCGGUUUAUUUAAAGACAGCUCCUUGGAAUGAUGUAAAAAGUGUAUUUCUGUAAUGAGAGAGAGAGAGAGAGAGAAAAGACUAAAAAUCCGCUCUAAAGUUGUGUAAUAUCUAGAUGAAAUAAAUUGCAUUAUUUUCUAAAGCUUAUUUAAAACCUA